ACAGAGGGUACCACUCUGCAGUGCUGCGUGCAGGCUAUGGACUGAGCAAUGAGAAAAACUGACAACAGAAAAGUGUUCACCUGGGCCUUCACUUGUACCUCAAGUCCUGAACCCGAGGCUCUGGAUUUGACCUUAAAAGAUAGUAAACAUGACCCUUCAGUCUUUACUUCUGACCUGCCUUUUCCUGCUAAUCUCUCAUUCCUGUGAGUUCUUCACUGAAGCAGAGUAUCCUACAAGCUAUCCUUGUGAUCUGAAAACACUAAAUUUCUCCAUUAUUGUAGAGUGCAACGAUCGUCAGCUGAAAGAAGUUCCCCAAAUAACAGUCAAAAAUGUGACAGAACUAGACCUUUCUGGAAAUUCAAUUAUGCACGUAACAAAUAAAUCAUUUCAAGGACUGCAAAAUCUUACUAAAAUCAAUCUAAACCACAAUGUCAUGUUCUAUCCCUACAAGAAAAAUCAUUCUAUAAAUAAAAAAGGCAUGAAUAUUACAGCUGGGGCAUUCCUCAGCCUACAGAACCUAAUGGAAUUACUGCUUGAAGACAACCAGUUAGACAAAAUACCUGCUGAUCUGCCCGGGUCUUUGAAAAAACUUAGUCUAAUUCAAAACAACAUAAUUCUUGUAAGUAAAAAUGACACUUCAGGACUUCAGAAUUUGGAAACUCUCAAUUUGGGCUGGAACUGCUUUUUUGGCAAUGCUUGUAAUACAACUUUUCGUGUAGGAUGCGGAGCAUUUGAAGAGAUUACAAAUUUGAAGGUGCUUUCACUAUCUUUCAAUAACCUUUUAAAAGUGCCACACAACCUGCCAAAAUCUCUAACAGAACUUUACCUCAGCAACACCAACAUCACAAUCAUCAAUGAAGACGACUUCAAGAAUUUGGAAAAUUUAACGGUACUAGAUUUAAGCGGGAACUGUCCAAGGUGUUUCAACGCACCAUUUCCCUGUACGCCUUGCGCAGAAGAUGCUUCAAUUCAGAUAGCUGAUUGUGCUUUCCAACACCUGACCAACCUUCGAUACCUCAACCUCUCUAGCACCUCCCUCCACAAUAUUCAUGCAUCCUGGUUUAACAAUAUGCUUUAUCUGAAGGAGCUACAUCUUGAAUUCAACUAUUUAGCACAAGAAAUAGCUUCUGGGGGAUUUUUAACAAAACUGCCGUCCUUAGAAAUACUUGACUUAUCUUAUAACUAUGUACAGAAAACAUAUCCACCAUAUAUUAAUAUUUCCUCAAACUUCUCUCAUCUUACACGUCUCCGGGAAUUGCACUUAAAAGGUUAUGUGUUCCAGAAACUCAGACAAGAUGAUUUCCAGCCCCUGAUGAACCUCUCAAAUUUACAGACUAUCAACUUGGGCAUUAACUUUAUUCGCAAAAUCGAUUUUACCUUUUUCAAACAUUGUUCUAACCUGUCGGUCAUUUACUUGUCAGGAAACAGAAUAUCGCCCUUGGUAAAUGAUAACAGGCAAAGUUACGGAAAUAGUUCCACUAUCCAAAGUCAUAUCCUUAAGCCACGCUCAGCAGACACUGAGUUUGACCCACAUUCAAAUUUUUAUCAUAGCACCGAGCCUUUAAUAAAGCCACAAUGUACACAGUAUGGCAAAGCCCUAGAUUUAAGCUUGAACAAUAUUUUCUUUAUUGGGCAAAAGCAGUUUGAAGCUUUUCCUGGCAUUGCCUGCUUAAAUCUAUCUUCGAAUGCCAUUGAUCAAGUAUUAAGUGGAACUGAAUUUUCAGCUGUGCCUCAAGUCAAAUAUUUGGAUUUAUCAAGCAAUAGACUAGACUUUGAUAAUGAUAGUGCUUUCAAUGAACUGCCUGAGUUAGAAGUUCUAGAUCUCAGCCACAACGAACACUAUUUCCAAAUAGCAGGGGUAACGCACCGUCUAGGGUUUAUUAAAAAUUUAAUGCACCUAAAAGUUUUAAACUUGAGCUACAACAGCAUUUAUACAUUAACAGAGUACAAUCUGAGUAGCAAGUCCCUAGAAGAAUUAGUUUUUAGUGGAAAUCGCCUUAACCUUAUGUGGAAUGCUCAGGAUAACAGGUACAAGCACAUUUUUCUAUGUCUCACGAGUCUGAGACGGCUUGACUUAUCUUUUAACAAUCUUAAGCGUAUCCCAGAUAAAGUAUUCCUUAACUUGCCCACAAAUCUCACUGAACUAUAUAUAAAUGAUAAUGAGUUAUCUUUCUUUAACUGGACAUUACUCUACAAGUUUCCUUUGCUCCAGUUGCUUGACUUAAGUAGGAACAGUCUAUAUUUUUUAACUUAUAGCCUAUCUACAUUCACAUCUUCUCUUCAGACGCUGCUACUGAGUCACAACAGGAUUUUCCACCUGCCUUCCAACUUUCUUUCUGAAGCCAGCAGUCUGGUACAUCUCGAUUUAAGUUUCAACCUGCUAAAGAUGAUCAACAGAUCCACAUUUCAAACUAAGAACAGAACCAAGUUAGCCCUUUUGAAACUCGAUGGAAACCCUUUAGACUGUACCUGUGACAUGGGAGGUUUUCGAGAAUGGAUGCAUAAAAAUCUACAGGUUACAAUUCCUCGACUGACAGAUGUCACUUGUGCCAGCCCUGGGGAUCAAAGAGGGAAGAGUAUUGUGACUCUAGAGCUAACCACCUGUGUUCCAGACACCAUCGCAGCCAUAUUGUGUUUCUUUACAUCCUUCAUCACCAUCAUGGUUAUGUUGGCUGCCCUGGCUCACCACUGGUUUUACUGGGAUGUUUGGUUUAUAUACCAAGUGUGUUUAGCGAAAGUAAAAGGCUACAGGUCUCUUUCCACAUCCCAAACUUUCUAUGAUGCUUACGUUUCUUAUGACACCAAAGAUGCCUCUGUUACGGACUGGGUGCUAAAUGAGCUGCGCUUCCACCUAGAAGACAGUGAAGGGAAAAACGUGCUCCUCUGUUUAGAGGAGAGGGAUUGGGACCCGGGAUUAGCCAUCAUCGAUAACCUCAUGCAGAGCAUCAACCAAAGCAAAAAAACGAUAUUUGUCUUAACCAAAAAAUACGCAAGAAGCUGGAGCUUUAAAACAGCAUUCUACUUGGCCUUGCAGAGACUAAUGGAAGAGAACAUGGAUGUGAUUGUAUUUAUUCUGCUGGAGCCAGUGUUACAGCAUUCUCAGUAUUUGAGGCUGCGGCAGAGACUCUGUAAAAGCUCCAUCCUCCAGUGGCCUGACAAUCCCAAGGCAGAAGGCUUGUUUUGGCAAAAUCUGAAAAAUGUAGUUUUAACCGAAAAUGAUUCACGGUAUAAUAAUUUGUAUGUCGAUUCCAUCAGACAAUACUAACUGACGUUAAGUCAUGGUUCACUAACAUAAUACAAAUGCAAAGAACUGACCCUUC